AUGAUUACGGAUACGAGGACUAGGAGAAAUUCAUCCUUUCUCGAGGCAUCAGAAUACCAGCAGCCAUCUGCGCGUAUGAAUGCAGCCAGUGAAAGCCAACAGGAAGCUGGUCGCAUGAAGAGUAUACUGAGCACGAGAACCAAACUUAAGAUCGGCUUCUGGAAUGUCCGUACCAUGUACGAGGCAGGAAAGCAGGCGCAAGUAGUAAGAGAGAUGAAGAACAACAAGUUACACAUACUAGGAGUAAGUGAAUGCAGAUGGACAGAUUUUGGAAAGAUCAUGACAAACAGCGGUGAGGUAAUCAUUUACUCAGGAAGAAAAGAUGGUAGACAUCACGAGGGAGUAGCAAUUAUUCUGAGUAAAGCAGCAGGGAAGUCACUGAUAGAGUACCAUCCUGUAAGUGAGAGAAUGAUGAGAGCAAGACUCGACACAAAGCCAAUUAAAACAUCCAUCAUACAAGUCUACUCUCCUACUAAUGAGGCAGAAGAUGAAACUAAGCAAGACUUCUACGAAGCACUACAAGCCGAACUUGAAAAGAUUACCAAACAUGAUUUAACCAUCAUCAUGGGAGAUUUUAAUGCAAAAAUAGGCCAAGACAACACCGGAUAUGAAAGAGUCAUGGGAAAAUAUGGCUGUGGUACCAUGAAUGAGAAUGGUGAACAUUUGGCAGAGUUUUGUGGUAACAACAACAUGGUUAUAGGUGGGACGUUAUUCCCACACAAGGACAUACACAAGCUCACAUGGAUAUCACCCGGAGGAAGAGACAAAAAUCAGAUAGACCAUAUUGUUAUAAAUGGUAAAUGGAAACGAUCUCUUCAGGAUGUGAGAGUAAGACGAGGUGCAGAUGUAGGCAGUGAUCAUCACCUUGUAACUGCAGAUUUUAAACUUAAACUGAUGAAAACUAUACCAAAGUACAGCUGGAAAAGAUUCGAUGUUGGCAAGCUUAGUGACACAAAAACCAAGCAAGAUUUUAGAUUAGAGCUGAAAAACAGAUUUUCUAUCUUGCAAGCUAGUGAUUUAGACGAAGAGCAGAUAGACGAACACUGGCUGAAAGUAAAAGAUACAUUUAACAAUGCAAGUGAGAAAGUUAUUGGCUUCAGAAAACAGAUACACAAAGAAUGGAUAACACCAGGUACAUGGAAACUCAUUGACAGCAGAAAAGAACUAAAGAAGAGGUUGUGA